UAAUUUCUCUGGUUUUCCCCCUACCAUUCUGAGUAGAAUAGAAAUUCACUCUUUCCAUGCCUAGUCUUAAUCUCUUUUCAAGUCAAAUGAAUUGCUUCAGUUGAUCAAAAAAACAUAUUAGGAUCUGGCUAUAAGGUAUCAGCAAUGUAUCUCCUCCAAUUUUUCAUUGCCGUGAUGCUGGGAACAUCACUGGCAUUGGCCUCUGUUCCUGAAACAAGCAGAUGUGAAACAAAUACCUGCACAUUGAUGGCAUGCGGCAACCCAGGACUCAAUGGUUUACCUGGAAGAGAUGGGAAAGAUGGUCUCAAAGGAGAGAAGGGAGACCAAGGAGUCCAAGUGAAGGGCCAACAGGGUUUCCCUGGGAAGGCUGGGCCUCCUGGAUUACCAGGAAUUGCAGGACCCUCAGGUCAGAAAGGACAAAAGGGAGAAGCCACAGCUGUUGAUGCCGUUCAACGACAGGUAACUGCUUUGGAAAGGGAUAUCCAGACUCUUCAAGCUGACCUUACCAAGUAUAAAAAGAUUCUGUGGUUGCAGGGGGCGAUGAGAGUCGGAGGGAAAAUCUUUGUUUCAACUGGCCAACAAGACACUUUCUCCAACGGGAAAAAGAUGUGUGCAAACGCAGGUGCAGUGCUUGCCAGCCCAAAGAGCGCAGCUGAGAACACAGCCUUGAAAGAAGUACUAAAGAGGAGUUCAAAGUUUGCUUUUCUUGAUAUCAACGAUAUUCAGACUGAGGGACGAUUUGUGUACUUGAAUGGUGCACCUGUAGGUUACACAAACUGGAAACAAGGAGAGCCCAAUGACCAUAACCAUAACGAAGACUGUGUUAUAGUACUUGAGGACGCAUUAUGGAACGAUGUAGGUUGUGAAUUUAAAGCACUGAUUGUUUGUGAAAUUUAACUUGGUUCCAAAGAGGGAUUGAUUUGUCCAUUUUCGUUCCUUCAGGUUCUCAUUUUUUAAACUUAAAAUUGGCUCUCCAUGCUUCUACAGCAAUUUGUGAUUAUUAUUUUUAAAAAAUCCUCAUGAAAAUUCUCCAGCAUUUUAGCGAGAAUUUCUCCUACUAAACACAUUUUUUUGUCUGGAGUUUUAACUAAUAUACACAUGUAUGCGAGCAAUAUCUCCUAAUGUAAUGCAUUUUUGUAUGUCAUUUUCACUAAUAUAUUCAUGUUUAUGCUCACUUUUCCUUAAUAUAUGCAUUUUUGCAAACAAUGCUUAGUUGCAGGACUACAUCGCAAAAUUCGGGUAAGUACACAUUUUGAAGGAUGGCUGUUUCAGUUGUCAUGUUCUUUCAGAAAGUGUGGAUUUGAUAAAUUUGGCUUUAAAUGUGAACUGGAUCAAAUCUCUCCCCCAUCCCUAGUUCCAAAGCAGCAUAACUCUGGGUGAAGUUGCUAGCUGUUGGUAACAUGACAAUCAAGCAAAUUUUCACUUUUUGCUCCAGGAUGGAGAAAGAGAGAUGAUUUUUAAGGUAGCUGAAAGUGACAUGAUGGAAGGAUCGUUUCUACAUACAAGUUUCUGUUGUUCUGUGCAAACAGCUUUUGACCUAUGGUCACCUUAGGUCAAGAAGUUUUUAUAGAUUCUUGAAGCAUGGAGGAAUGGCAAUAUAUGCAUCAAGGGUAACAAUGCUUCUGUCACACCAUCUUCACCGAGGCAGGGGGACGCUCUUGUCAGUCUCCCAGCCUUAGUUGGAGACAUCUUUUCUGAGUCUAGGACUGCCAUAUGCGAGACUGCCUCCCAGAAAUUAUAUUAGUCUAACUUGCAUAGGGUUGUAUUCAACAUAGUGCUAAGGCAAUCGUUCCAUCUGGGCAAGGAUUUUUCCAUUCGCAACUGAACAAUCUCACCCUCUCCUCCCCCCACACCCCCUAUAUCUGUUCUGGGGCAAAACCUCCAAAGCAUGUUUGGGGAUGGUGUGAGGUGCACAUGGGGAAAGGAGAGGAGAAGAACUCUGUUGUGCCAGCACUAGCUGUAGCAUUAAUGCAAAAGGUUACUUCGGUACGUAUUCAAAUAUGUUGUUAAUUAUGAAAAAACAUUUAACUUCAGCAACUUGCAUAAUUGAUACUUAUAUUUGCACCUGGAGGGGGUAAAGGACAAGACUUGCCCUUUAUUUUUUUAACAAAUUAAAAGCUGUGUUUUUUAUGAAUCGUGCACUAGAUCGUAUUCUGAUAUAAUUGCAGUCACAUGUUAAAUGAGUGAAAUUGUUGAUAUAUUUUAGGAGUUGACCCCCCAAUCCAUGCAAUUACUGGAUGAUUUUCACACUGUAGAAGCAGCAAGGGUAUGCUUCUAUACUACAGCACCUACAGUGUUACAUACAUUGUGUCAAAGGUAUGCUCACUGAUUUCUGAGUGCAAGUACACUAGGUGUACAUCCUGCAGAAUGCUCUGAUGAGCAAAAUAUUGAAAGAGAUUGACAUGGCUGUCACACAUUCUGAAGAACACUCUGGCUCUCCUCUAUGGAUAUGUACAGAUGUAUCCCCCAAUUUCAGUGUUGUGUAAUGUAGUCUGUGCUAAUUUGAUUCUCAUUAAAGAUGAACAAGCUUUGUGUGGAAGAGUU